AUUUCAAAGAAUGGAAAUUAAAAACAGAAGAAGAUAAUUUAUGUUUUUAUGCCUUAAGUGCUCGUAAGACUGUCGGACAGAAUAAAAACAUUACAUACCUGGAUUGUCAUCGAACUGGUAAUUUCCAAAGUAGAUCAACAGGUGUCCGUAAAAUAAAAAGUCAAGGCACAAACAAAAUUGGAUCUACAUGUCCAUCGUCAAUGAUAGUAGUAACAGAAGACGAAUCUGUCAGUGUAGAGUUUUGUAGUACUCAUUUUGGCCAUAGUAUGAAUCUUGGUAGAUGUAAUUUAACACCUGAAGAAAGAGCCAUGAUUGCAGGUAAAAUAUCUGAAGGAGUUACAAUGGAAAAAAUAUUAGAUGAUAUAAGGGAUAAUGUUCAUGACAUACUUAAAUGUAAAUAUAUGGAUUCAUNAUCUACAUGUCCAUCGUCAAUGAUAGUAGUAACAGAAGACGAAUCUGUCAGUGUAGAGUUUUGUAGUACUCAUUUUGGCCAUAGUAUGAAUCUUGGUAGAUGUAAUUUAACACCUGAAGAAAGAGCCAUGAUUGCAGGUAAAAUAUCUGAAGGAGUUACAAUGGAAAAAAUAUUAGAUGAUAUAAGGGAUAAUGUUCAUGACAUACUUAAAGUUCAAACUUUAAUAACUAAAAAGGAUCUAUGGAAUAUUAAAAGAGAUUUUAAUUUGUACGAAGGUCGUCAGCAUUCAUCUGACUAUAUUAGUGUAAAUAUAUGGAUUCAUCGAAUGAUAGAAUUGCCAGAGGAAGAAAAUCCAGUUAUACAUUACAACCUAGAUAAAGAAAAUUUUAUAUUGGUAAUAUCUACAAAUUUUCAACUCCAAAUGCUUCAACGUUUUGGAACCUCUUCAAACUCAAAAAUAUGUAUUGAUAGUACCCAUUGUACCAAUGAAUAUGGCCUUCAAUUAACAACAAUUGUGGUUGUUGAUGAAUUUGGAAACGGAUUCCCAUGUGCAUAUUGUAUUUCAAAAAAAACUGACGCAGUAACGUGGAAAAUAUUUUUUCAACAGCUUAAAAAUAAAAUUGGAAUUAUUAGUACUCAAAUUUUUAUGAGUGAUGACGACCCAUCUUACUAUAAUGCUUGGGAACAAAUAAUGUUACCUGUGGAACAUCGACUUUUGUGUACAUGGCAUGUGGAUCAAUCUUGGAGAAGAAAUAUUCAAUCAAAAAUAAAAGGAACUCCUGAAAAGAAGUGCUUAAUUUAUAAAUCAUUAAGAGUGAUGCAUCAAGAACCAAAUGAAAUUCUUUUUACAGAACUUCUAAAUGGAUUUAUGGCUGAAAUAAUGGAUGACGAUGAUACUAUUCAAUUUGGUGAAUAUUUUAAUAGUUAUUACUUGAAUAGAGUCAAACAGUGGGCAUACUGUCACCGAAGAAACUGUGGUAUUAACACAAACAUGUACUUGGAGUCAGUGCAUAAGUGCUUAAAAUAUUAUUAUUUACAUGGUAAAAAAAAUAAGCGAUUAGAUACCUGUAUAAAUGCGCUUUUGAAAUUCACAAGAAAUACAAUUUUUGAGAGGUUUAUUAAAUUGGUUAAAAAUAAAUAUACUGCUAAAGAAGAAAAUAUAAUUAAGAGUCAUAAUAUUGGAGUACAAAUAAACCCUGAAACUAUUAAAGUAAUUGAUGAUAAUCGUUGGGAGAUAUCUGCUAAAGAAACAAAUAUGGCAUAUGAAGUAAUUCACACUAUAGAUGUGUGUAACACUGAAGACUGUCGAUUAGUUUGUCGCAUGUGUAAUAUAUGCAUUCAUAAUUAUACUUGUGAAUGUAGUGAUUAUAUAAUUAAAUUAAAUAUAUGCAAGCAUAUUCAUGCCUGUGCUAAUCUUUCUGUAUCAAAUACUCAAAAUAAUUUGUGUGAAAAAGAAAAAAAAAUUCUAAUUCCUGCUGCAGAAAUAAAUUUAAUUGAAAAAUCAAUAGUAAAAACAAAUACGGACAAAGAACAUGAACAAUUAAUUCAAAUAAAAAACCAAUUAGAAGCUGGAAUAGGAGUAUUAUCGUCCCUUAUUGCAAGUAAAAGUGAAGUAACUGAAGUACUAAGUUUGUAA